AUGCGGAUUCCUCAGAUCGUCCUAUCUUUCUUCCUCCUCUUUGCCCUCGCCUUUGCUCUACCCAUCGUGGUGUCCACUCCUGGGUCUGUAGCAGCUGUCAAGAAACGGGCCGGCGGUAAAGGUGGAGGUGCAGGUGGAGGUGGUGGUGGGAGAGGUGGCGGCGGCGGCGGCGCACGGGGUGGCGGCGGUGGUAGGGGUAAUACCGCCGCCGAGGUUAAGGGUAUCAACCAGAACAUCUCGAUCCAAAAGCAGGAGAAACAGGACACCAAAGCCGUGAGCAAGGCCGAAAAGGGAUCACCACAGCAGUUCAACGCCGCCAAAGGGCAGCUUCUCACCACUAUCCAGAAGGGACAGGGUCAGCGCGCAAAGAAUCAAGCGAAUGCCGACAAGAGUAACAAGCAGCUCGUCAACGGUUUGAACAAGGUCCAAGGUGCGCAGGCUCAGGAGCAACAACUGGCCCAGAGUUUGAAGGGCGGCAACACCAAGUCCGAUAGAAACACCCUCAAAACUCUCCAGUCGGACUUUAACAGUGGUAUCAAGCAGAAUGAGGCAAACCGAGCAGCUGCACAGAAUGGGGGCCGUGGCGGCGGCGGGGGUGGUAAGGGUGGAAGGCGAAAUUAG